AGUUCAGAGAUGUACCUCGUGGUCGCUCGUUCUAGGAAGUGGGAGAUCCCAUUUUCAAGUUCGUUGUGGUGUUACUGGAGACAAUGUUUGGCUGCUAACGACGAAGCCUCGUUGGCACGUGAUAAAUGCAAGUGGUCUCCAAAUUUGAUCUCUCUCCGCCAUCACAAAAUGUGGUGUGUACUUUACAUAUUCUUACAUCAUUAAAAAAAAUCUAUGAUGUGUGUAUCUAGGUCACAAGCCCAUUUUAAUUCCCCUCCAGCAGAAGCCCAAAUCUCAAUAGGCCCAAACCAGAAAAGUCAUUUAUAUUUACUUCUACGCGGAAACUUGAGCCUGCAGGUGGGUCCAUAGCACUGACCCUUCCUGGUCAAUCUGACGUGGGCCGUUGCCCUUAUCCAAACACAAGAUAAACAUGGCCUGCCUGACUCAGCAAAUAUGUUCCCCCAAUGUUUGUUUAUCUGCCAGCGUCGAAACCCCGCAUCCCACUUUCUUCACCAAUUCCCCGAUAUUCAGCUUAUCACCCACCGAACCUCAGUUAUCAAACUCUCCCGCCGCCGUCCAUGGCUUCUUUUCUCCGAUUCCUCCUCUUCCUUUCCAUCUCCCUCCGUCUCUCUCUUCCGAUCUCAUCCUUCACUCCCUUACAAGACCCAAUCGUUCUUCCCGUCUCCAGAGAUUCCGCCACUCUCCAGUACACCACCGUCAUCCGCAGCGCCGAUUCGCUCCAACCCAUCAAGCUCGCCGUCGAUCUCGGUGGCCCGGCACUCUGGCUCGACUGCGACCACCACUCUUCAUCACUUCUCCGGCGGAAUUUUGUUCCGAGCCGCUCGAUCCACUGUUCGGCGGCGAACUCCGACGGCCUUCUUCGCCGGACCACUCCCGGAGCUUGCGUUGUUGGAGCCCAGAACGGCGUCGUCGGGUCGAGAGCCGCGGGUCAGCUCGCUGAAGGCGCUUUCGCCGUCGGAUCUACUGACGGGUCGGGGUCAACGGCGAGGGUUGACCGGUUCCUGUUCUCUUGCGGGUCGGGUUUUCUGCUGAGCGGCCUGGCGAGCGGCGCUGUGGGGAUGAUGGGGCUAGGAAGGACGAGAAUCUCCCCGCCGGCGCAGUUCGCCUCUGCGUUUGACUUCCGCCGGCGAUUCGCCGUCUGUCUUUCGUCCGAAGGAUUCUUGGCUUUCGGCGACUCGCCGAGCGAGUCCAUCCUCGGGCCUGAAAUUUCGAAGUCCCUGCUCUACACUCCCCUCGUAAUCUCCUCCGUGGCCGACGCCGGUAGCAAAUCUCCAGCGGGACACGAAUACUUCAUCAAUUUGAAGUCAAUUAGAGUCAACGGCGAGAGGGUUUAUCUGGGGAAGGACAGAAUUGGGUUAGCGAAACUGAGCACAACCGUGCCGUACACUCUAAUGGAGACCUCCGUAUACAGAGCACUCACAGAAGCUUACCUGAAGGCCGCGGCGGCGAACAACAUGACGAGAACGAAACCCAUCUCGCCAUUUGCUCACUGCUUCAGAUCCACAAAUCAAUCCGUCCCAGUAAUAGAUAUAGCGCUGCAGAGUGAGAUGGUGAAGUGGAGGAUACAGGGGAGGAAUUCAAUGGUUUCCGUGAAGGGGAACGGCGAAGAAGGAGAGGUAGUAUGCUUGGGAUUCCUCGACGGCGGCUCAAAUUUGGAAGCUUCGGUUGUUAUCGGUGGGCUUCAGCUGGAAGAUAGGGCUCUUGAAUUUGAUUUGGAUUCGUCUAGGCUAGGGUUUAGUUCGUCUCUGUCUAUGGAGAAACAGAGUACUCCCUGUUCCAGUUUUGUUCCUCGACUCACUUCUAGCUGACUCAUCUUGAUGUUUCCUUUUGUAUAUGUUUUGACUGUAACAAUCUUUGUUAAAUGAUACUUUACCCUGAUCUAAUCUCUUCAUAUUAAAGAAAGAAAAGCUACCUAAAAUCUUCGCCAAUGUUUUUGAAGCAGAGCCCCUUGGUUGGAACAGGGGAUGGCUUCCUCCAAAUCCCCUGUUUUUAGCCUUCCAAACCUCGUCCUUGCAGCUUUUCUGUGUGUAUCCUCUUUCUGCAGAAACUCCAUUGUAUUAGACUCUUCUUAUGCGACAAGCCAUAGCUAGAAUUUCUUCCACUGAUUCAUUGUCUUCAACCUCGACCAACAUAACCACAGGGAUAAGACUAAAACUUCGGUUUGGAG